GUCAGUUAGCAAAUUGAUUUAUUUUUUUAAUGACUCUUUAGAUAUAACUGAGCAAAAUUGAUACUGUAUGCCAUUCUUAUACAUCAUGUUGAGACCCGGAAAUGAAUAAUUAACAAGCUAUGUUCAACCUAUAUUCUGAAUAAAUUGCAACAGGAAAUAAUACUUUAAAGGGUUGCUAUAUUAACCUAUGAUAAACAGUCCGUUUGUUUGCUCUGUAUAAAUGUUAUGAGGAUGACUUCUAGAUAAGUAUAUAUGAAUGCAUGUUUUUUGCAGCAGCCUCAGCAGCAAUAGGCCUCAAUAUAAACAAAGGGAAAAGCAGGAUUCUCCGAUACAACACAGAAUGCACCAAUCCAAUCACAAUUGACGGAGACGAUUUGGAAGAUGUAAAAACCUUUACGUAUUUGGGCAGCAUCAUUGAUGAACACGGUGGAUCUGAUGCAGAUGUGAAGGUGCGAAUCGGAAAGGCAAGAGCAGCAUAUCUACAACUGAAGAACAUCCGGAGCUCAAAGCACCAAGGUCAAGAUUUUCAAUACAAAUGUCAAGACAGUUCUACUGUAUGGGGCAGAAACCUGGAGAACUACAAAAGCCAUCAUCCAGAAAAUACAGGUGUUUAUUAACAAUUGUCUACGCAAAAUACUUCAGAUCCAUUGGCCGGACACUAUUAGCAACAACGUACU